AUGUUUAUCUCAAGCAUAUGACGGUGCUGAAUUCGAAUGAACGUUUAUUUACACUGCUGGAGAUGAAGACAGGUCGACGAACUGUGAACUUCUACCUGUGGCUUUUAGCCUUAAACUUUUUCUUGUGCUGGACUUCAGUUGACGCACAGAUGGGGUUUGAUGGUUCUCUCUCUGCACAGGAGCAGAUGUACAUCCUUUAUGAAAUCAAACUGCAGUGCCACCAGAACCUCUCCAACAUUGACCCAGCCUCCACAGAUGAGGUGUGCCCUCCAGACUGGGACGGUCUUAUUUGUUGGCCCCAUGGCUCCCCUGGGCUGGUUACCAAGGUUCCCUGCCCAGCUUACAUCUAUGACUUCAAUCACAAAGGACAUGCUUACAGGAAGUGUGAUGUCAAUGGUUCCUGGGUGUUUGCGGACCGCUGGAACAAAACAUGGACUAACUACACAGAGUGUCUCCACUUCCUACUGCCCACCAAUGAGGAAGGGAGACAAGACUUCUUUGAGCGGCUGUAUGUCAUGUAUACCAUUGGCUACGCUGUGUCCUUCAGCUUCCUGCUGGUAGCCAUCUUCAUCAUUGGAUACUUCAGGCGUCUUCACUGCACUAGAAACUACAUCCACAUGCACCUGUUUCUGUCCUUCAUGUUACGAGGAGUCAGCAUCUUUGUGAAGGACAAAGUCGUCCAUUCCAGUGCUGGAUUGCAGGACUUUGAUUCUGCCCUUUUGGACAACUUAAAGACAGUUAGCAUGGCACCACUGGACACGUCUCAGUAUGUUGGCUGCAAGGUGACAGUGCUGCUUUUCAUCUACUUUCUGGCCACCAACUACUACUGGAUCCUGGUAGAAGGCCUGUACCUACACAGUCUCAUCUUCAUGGCCUUUCGAUCAGACUCCAAAUACCUCUGGGGCUUUACCCUCAUCGGAUGGGGUGUUCCAGCGAUUUUUGUGGCACUGUGGGCAAUUGUCAGGGCAACACUAGCAGAUGCAAGGUGUUGGGAGUUAAGUGCUGGUAACUUUAAGUGGAUCUACCAGGUUCCCAUCCUGACAGCCAUUGGGCUCAACUUCAUCUUGUUUGUGAACAUUGUACGAGUGUUGGCCACUAAAAUCCGAGAGACAAACGCAGGGAGAUACGACACCAGGAAACAGUACAGGAAACUGGCAAAAUCCACCCUUGUGUUAGUGCUGGUGUUUGGCAUCCACUACAUCAUCUUUGUUGCGAUGCCGCUUACAUUUCAGGGGCCAAGCUGGGAGGUCCGCAUGUACUGUGAGCUGUUCUUCAACUCCUUCCAGGGCUUCUUUGUGUCCAUUAUCUAUUGCUACUGCAACGGAGAGGUCCAGGCAGAGAUAAAGAAAACAUGGACACGCUGGAAUCUGGCCUUUGAGUGGGAGGGCCCGGUGGUCUGCGGCCGCUACCGCUACGGCUCUGUCGUCGUCGGCAUCAACAACAACAACAGCACCAGCAGCCAGCCCCACCUGGCAGGGGCUGACCAUUCCACACGCUCCACCACACUUGUUUCAAGCCAUGUUUAUCGGAGCAUUGGUCCCCCUGUGGUCAGCAUGCACGCCACCCUCCCAGGGUACGUGAUGAGUAACUCAGACCCGUCCAUACCUGAAGAACCUGAAGACAGCGGCCCCAAGCAGGUGGACGAUAUCUCACUGAAGGAAAACCUGCCUGUUCUUAGUACCAGCGCAACAGCUGACGUUGAGGAGGAAACACUGUAGCGGUAGUCUACAACAAGUCGAAACAUGCAGCAGAGAGAGACUCUGUAGUGGUUUCUGUAACCCAUCCCACUUUCUUGUCAUUUAAACUCUAAAGAGGGUAUCAAAGUCAGAAAAACAUGUAACUGUAUGUACAAGAAAUGUCUA